GCUUUUCUCUGUCCACGAUGAAACUCUCAAACAGUGUAAUGGCUUGAAACUAAAACGCAACCGUAUUUACGCGCACACGAGUAUAACAGGCGAAUCAUCUUGCUGGUUUGGACAUGGCCGGCGCCAGAGUGCCGUUGGACGAGCGACAUGUGACCGAGAUCGGGCCUAAGGGGAAAGAGAGAUCUCUGCCAGCGCUGCACCCUGAGCGGAAAGAGGAGCGCAGUUUUCUGCCUUAUAAACCUCCACUGGAGGACGGCUCCCCGGCGCAGGUGGAGGAGUUUUUGGAGCAUGCUCAGUUCAUCUCGGAGGACCUGGAGUGGCUCCUGUCCUUACCUCAUGAUAAGUUCUGGUGUCAGGUAGUGUUUGAUGAGUCUCUACAGAAGUGUCUGGAUUCAUACCUACGGCACGCCCCCCGUGGUCUGGACCCCGCCCUCCUGUCGUCUUCCCCAGCCGUGGCCGACAUGCACCGCAGCCUUCAUCGCUCCAUGUUCAUGGUCUUCCUCAGGAUGGCCACGCAUAAGGAGUCAAAGGAAAACUUCUUGACACCCGCUGUGUUCGGAGAAAUCAUCUACAAUAACUUCCUGUUCGACAUUCCGAAGAUCCUGGACCUCUGUGUACUGUUUGGAAAAGGAAAUUCCCAACUGCUUCACAAAAUGAUUGACAACAUAUUUACCCAGCAGCCCAGUUACUAUGGAGACCUGGAUGAUACAGUUCCCUCGAUGAUCCAGGUCCUGGACAUGAUUCUGGAGAAGUGUGGUUUACAGACAGGGGGAGCCUGUGCCAACGAACCACUCAAACUGACAGCCCACAAUCCACACGCUGCUAUGACCAUGAAUGAGGAGGACCUGGUGGACCUGGUUCUGUAUCUGUGUGACACCUGCAGUACUAUCCAUUCCUUCUUGGACAUCUUCCCUAAAGCCUGUCUCACCUUCCACAGACAUGGCUUCCUCUACAGACUGGUCUCAUUCUAUGAAGUGCUCAUACCUGAACUGGAGAAAGCUGUGAAGAAGAGAAACUUCGAUAAGAACCUCCAGGAGGAUCUGUGGAGGAGAGUGUCUCAUUCACGGAGGAGAAUGGUGGAAAUCGCUCACCUCAUUCUUCACCACACGUGCCUGCAGCCGAUUCUAGAAGGUUCAGAGAACAUCGCAGCCAGUGUUGAGGAUCUGCUGCAGAGCUUCACUGCCUUCCUGCAGGAGAAAAGAUUCCUGGUAGAUUAUGAUGAGGAGUUUCCAGUGGGAGACGACAUCAGUCUGCUCCAGCAGGCCUUCCCUCAUCUUGACGACACUAGAACGUCCUACCUUUUACAGGGGGUGGAGUCAGCAUGGGAGAGCCUGGGUAGGAGAAAGCCCCACCCAGUCCUGCCCAUGACAUCUCACCAGGGGGCGGAGUACAGCAGCAAAGCAUUGUGGGAAGGAGGAGGCCUGCAGGCAGAGGCUGCCGGAGAAAUAAUGGCUGACCAACCCAGAGGAGCUGAGGCGCUAAUGGAGCCUCCACACAGAGGAGAGAAUGGGGCAGUGUGUACAGUGAGUGCUGGAGAACUGGAAUCCCUGCUGUCUCAUAUCAGAGACUUACUGCCGGAUCUUGGGGAGGGCUUUAUCCUGGCCUGCCUGGAGGAGUACGGGUAUGACUCAGAACUCGUCAUCAACAACAUCCUGGAGGACAAACUCUCGCCGUCUCUGGACAAGCUGGACCGCGCCCUGCCCAGGCCGGUGAAGGAGGAGCUGCCGGCUGUGCUGAGCAGCAGGUCAAACGUAUUUGACGAUGAUGAGUUUGAUGUGUUUAACCGUGACCAGGUGGACAUGUCACGCGUGUGGAGGGGCAGGAGGAAAGGGGAGAGUGUGCGGGACAUGCUGAAUGAUAAGCGACAUGUAGAGGAACAGCGGGCUCGUUAUCAGGCCUACGAGACCGUUGUGGACGAGGUUCCCAUAGCAACGGACCCGUCUGCCGCCUCGGGUGAGGCCUACGUGGUGGACGACUAUGAGGAUGAGUAUGACGACACGUACGACAUUAAUCAGGUGGGAGCCAACGACCUGGACGAGGACGCCGACCUUCUGAACCGCAGGCCCUUCACCGUCCCUCAGGUCCUGAGGUCAAGCAAACAAGCCCAGGGCGAUGAGGAAGAGGAGGAUGAGGAGGAGGAAGAGGAGGAGGACAGCGCAAAGAAAGAUCUUUUCAUCCAAGACCCGGCGAUGUUGAGAGAGCGUGCAGAGGCCAGGAGAGCCGCCAUGCUGAGCAGGAAGGGGUACAGGCCUCCUCCGCCCAGUCAGGUGGUGGGCAAGCCGAAGGGUCAGGGUCAGACCCUGGAGACGUUCCUGGACCGUCGCAGAAAAGAAGCCAACAAGAGUCGCGGUGCCAACCACAACCGCCGCACCAUGGCGGACCGCAAGAGGAACAAAGGCAUGAUCCCCUCCUGAGGUCACCAGGGCGUGGCCGCCACCGCCGCCUGCCCCCGUUACGACAUCGCAGCGAUGUCAGAGAGCAGAGUGCUGGUAUCACGGAGACGAGACAAAGCAGCGUUUCCAAGGGAACGGGACUGAUGUGGAUGUCUGUGGGAAAAGAGAUGCCUGAGGCACAGAGCCAUGCUUGUCCCUUUAAACAGGCCUGGAUUUUUUUUUUUUUUUUUGGUUUAGUCUAAAUUUGCAACAUUUGGUUGCAUUGUUCAUUUUCCAACCUGAUGUUACGGGGUUGAGUUGGGUAUGUACCCAUGCUGGUAAACAGUGCAGGAAUGUCUGAACAGAACCCAAAGAUUUCUGUUAAAGAAAACACAUGCACAGAAAUCAGUUAAUGUUUUUACUUUAAAAUAAAAUCCACACAGGCAGACUGAA